AAAAUAAAAAGUUCCCAACUCGUUAUUUCCUCUCAGACUCACUCUCCGCUGCUCUCACAUCGGCAAAGCAAUCCUCCAUCGCGCACGCCUUUCCCUACCAUGGUCAGGAAAUGACGGCCAUCUAAAAACUCCAUCUCCGAAGUCCUCCUCACUGCGUGUUUCAACGGAAUGCUUCUGCAGUAGGGUGUUUGAAUUACUUACUUAAAGAGUAGGUUGUUUGAAAUACUUGCUUAAGAGGCUAUAUUUGCUUAAGAGUCAUCACCGAUUGAAUUGGAUAAGGCCCAUUAUUGGAGGUAUAAGAAGAUGGAGACAAGGUGCGUUAGAGAUGAACAGGGAUUGGAUACACAAUAAAAACAGGUUGAGUAAUCAAUAUCGUGCUGGUAUUAAGUCAUUUAUGGAAGUUGCAAGCCAACAUGUGGAUGAGAAGAAUGAGACUCCAUGUCUGUGCAUGUCCCAAAUGAUAUGAAGGAUGAAGAUUUUAUUGAUGAUGAUGAUAUUGAAGAAAUACCUUCCGGUGAUGACGAAGGCAGUGUUCACAGUGACGAUUAUAGUGAUUUGGAUUGAAGUGUUAGGUUGUCUUUUGUUUAGGCACUACAUAUUUCUUAAUGAUCUUCAAGUUACUAUAUGUUUUCCUCAAUCUGUUUUAAGGGGUAAGGUCUGUAGGGUCUGUAUAUUGAAGAAAUAUCUUCGGAUAAGGUUUGCAUAUGUCCUCCCCAUGUAAAUGAAAUGUGUGUGCGUGUUAUUUUUCUUUCCUAUUGAUAAAGUAUGAUGUUCAAUCAUUUUUUGAUGAAUAAUUCCUUUAUCUAAAGGACGUUUGUGAUGAGAAUCGAUGUCAUUACAGCUGAAGUAUGAUGUUCAAUCAUUUAUUUUUAUUUUUUCAAGGAAUGAUCUAGUAGUAUAUUGUUGUAUUCUCUCUUUGUUUAUGCGUUUGUAAGUGUAGAAUGACACUUACGAGGGCUGCUACCUUAAGCAACAAUAAGAAUAAGAAGGAAACUUCAACUCUACUACCACCACAGCCACUUGAGCAACCAUGUCAGCUGCCACAACAACAAUCAACUCAGCCACAACAAGGUACUUCAUCAGCCUCAGGAGGGGGUUCUCGCCAACAGGAUGAGGGAACGCAUACUCAAACUUCUUCACAGAGGAAGAACACUCAUGGCCGAACUGUGGGGGCUGGCACUUGUGAUGUUGUGAAAAAGAGGAAGAGUUUGAUUCCAAUACGGAUGGAUCCAUCCCAGAAAUUGGUGGCGACUAUUGAGGCUCAAAAACUGUUCGUCUCUGUGAUCGGGUUAAUCACUCGCAAUAAAGCUCCAUUGAAUGUUUUAGGGAUGAAAAAAGGGAGCUUGGAGAUGAAGAAAGAUAUGGCAUUGGGAUUGCAGUUCAUGUUUGAUGUGGACUUAGCGGAUCCGGAUAUAUGGAAAUUUAUUACUGACCAUAUGCACUCAACUUAUAAAGAAUGGAAAGCAAAGCUCCACAGACACUAUAAGCAAUAUGCUUCUGACCCUGAUCGUGCACGAGAAACACCUCCCCCUGAAAAGAUCUUUGGUACUCGAAGGACUCUAGAAGAGUGGCAUUAUUUGGUUGAUACGUUGUACACAAAUGAGCAAUAUCAGGUAUCUAAUUUGUCAUAACAUCUGCAGUUUUCAGUUUUUGAUUGGGAACUUAUUCUAAGUAUCAAAUAUAAAAAAUA